AUGAAGCUAGGCGAACAGCAUAAAAAUCUCGGUCUUCCCUCUGAAGAGCCCAAAAUAUCACCAUAUACAGCUAUGGAAAUUGCUACGCUUCAGGCGAAGCUUGACCAGCAGCUUGGGCCAGAGUUUGUGUCUUCAAGGCCAGGCCCAGGCGGGAGAAAACUUUAUUAUCUCCAGGCAGAUAAAUGUAUCAGUCUUGCAAACCAAGUCUUUGGCUUUAACGGAUGGUCCUCUUCAGUUAGAAGUGUUGAAGUUGACUUUCUGGACGAAGGCAAGGACGGGAAAUGGAGUGUUGGAGUAUCUGUUGUCGUACGGGUGACAUUGAAGGAUGGGACUUACCAUGAGGAUAUUGGAUACGGUCAAAUGGAAAAUGGCAAAAAGGCACAAAUAUUUGAUAAGGCUAAAAAGGAGGGGGCCACAGAUGCUCUCAAACGAACACUCCGCAGUUUUGGGAAUGUUCUCGGAAACUGCUUGCAUGAUAAGGAUUAUCUGGCGAAGGUUAACAGGAUGAAAGUACCAGCCCCACGCUUUGAUGAGAGAAAAUUACAUAGACACAGUGAAUUCAUGCCUCAGGCCAAAAAAGAAUCACUAGUGGAUUUAGGAAAUUCAAAUAACGACCCAAUGAUCUCACCCCCAAGUGAGGAAAGACAAGGAUCACCAGAAGCAGAAGCAUAUGAUGAAUAUGGAGGGGAUGAAUUUGAAGAAUUGGGAAUAUUUGGGAGCGGCGGCGAUCUUGACGAUUUCAUGGCUGAUGAUGUAGCCUUUGACCCUGACAUUAAGGAUCAAAGCCCCAUCAACGCUAUAACUGACGGCCAAAAAUCUGCCACCAAUUAUAGAAAUACAAUCCCACAAACCAAUCGCCAAAAUAUACAAACACCACAACCGCAGCGUGCCCAGCAGGUAAGUAAUAGCACUUCGAACCAACCACAACAACCUCAAGCGCUUCGACAACCUCAAUUCCAACAACAGCGUCAAAUGCAUCCCCCAGCUAACCAGCACCAGCCCAUGCAGCGGCCUCAAUCCAAUGCGCCUCAAGUACCUCGCGCGCCCACUCCCCAAAGUGGUCUUAAUGUGUCGCCAACACCAGUACGAGCGCAGCCACAAUCAAACAACAAUUCAAACUUUAAGAAUAUCCAGCAAGGCAUUAACCAGAGAGGCCAACCACCCCAACCACCACAGCAACAGCAGCCACAACAGCAUAGUCCACCGGUACCAACUCUCGCAGCUCCUCAGUUAAAUGGUGGACCAGAGACCCCAAAGAAUCCGUCCCCCCAGAAUCAACCGGUUGGAUUCUUCAGUGGAAGAGCUGUCAUAGACGCUGGUGGAGAAAAUAAACUGAUUCCCGAUCAAGCAUUGGCGUUCAACCCCCACCAUCAAACAUCAAUCCCUCGUUCGCUUGGCAUUGACCAUUCCAAGUCAUCGCCUAUUGCUAGAAAGGGAUUGACGGGGCCACAGGGACCUGCAGGAGGAGCGUAUGUUCGUCCGAAUUUUGAGAAUCCGAGUCUCAAUACGAACAGACAGAUCGGAAUGCCCCCACAAGCUCGAGGGUCAGGGUCUUUUCGGCAGCCAGGCCCCUCAGCAGGAGUAAAAAGGCCCGCAGACGUGACAAAUACAGGACCUACACUUGGUGAUGCUGCAGGGACAAAUGCGAAUAAACAAACAACGAACUUUGGAAAUGAUGUAAAACGACAAGCUAGAAUGAGCUGA